AUGUAUAAAUCUUCAUUUCUCUGUGUUUCUAAGCUUGAAAACAUAGAAAAAAUCAUCAUGGAAAACAACUCUGAGAAAUCAACAGUGAAUGCAGGUCAAUCCGCUGCGUAUUCAAUGUUGUCGCCGCCUCACCUUGAGAAAAAGCAAGAAAAGCUGGAGAUGUUUUGGACAGACAAGCGGAGAGAAAUGGAGAAUGUUAUUGAUUUCAAGAGCAACAUGCUACCUCGAAUUAACCGCAUCAAGAAGAUCAUGAAGACAGACAAGGAUGUCAGAAUGAUUGCUACUGAAUCACCUGUUUUGUUGGCUAAAGCAUGUGAGUUGUUCAUUCAAGAACUCACUCUUCGUUCCUGGCUUAAAGCUGAGGAAAAUCAUCGUCGUAUUUUGAAGAAGGAUGACGUUACUGAUGUGAUUAUGGAGACUGACACUUUGGAUUUCCUUCUUGAUGAUGAUGCUGAUGUUACUGACGGCUCCACACCAAAUGUUGUUCCGUUUUAUGUUGCUGAAGACACAAUGGGUGUACAUACUGAUAAUCUUGAUCAUCAAAUGUACCCUUCUUAUUUCCUUAAGUUCAUACCUAUAGGGUUACAAAAGGUACUGAUAACAUACUCUGUUUGA